AUGUCCGUUAUGAUAUCAUCAUUAGGGUCAAUUACCACAUUUGAGGACAAGUUGACCAUAACCACUUUGAAGGACAUAUCUUGUCCUAUCAAUUACAAAUUAUUCAUCCCCUAUGUUGAGGAUCAAGUAGCUCAGUUUAGUGAAGUAAUGGGUAGCUCUUUUGACUACAAGAAAAUUCGUGUGAAGUUAGGUGUUGCCUCUUUGGAUGUGGUCAGAAAGCUUCAAGCCACACUACAAAAAGUUAAUAGCAGAGGGCUUCAUUGGCUUUUGCCAUUGCCAACCUUGUCCUUAACAUUUGCCCAUCAUCAUAGUGUUCAAGGAGUCUAG